CCGGGCCGCGGCGGCUGCGCGCGCCACUCCCGACGGCGGGCGGCGGUGCCCUUCGCUCACAGAGCCUGAUGGAGUAUCCAAGGAUGGAAGCUAACUCAGUUACUUCAGUAAUUAAGAGACGUGUAAGAGACAAAAGAACUUCAAAAAUGAAGUUGAAUGUUUCUCUUGCUUCAAAAAUCAAAACAAAAAUAUUAAACAAUUCAUCUAUUUUCAAAAUCUCUCUAAAACACAACAAUAGAGCAUUAGCUCAAGCUCUUAGUAAAGAAAAAGAGACUUCUAGAAGAAUUACAACUGAAAAGAUGCUACUGCAAAAAGAAGUGGAGAAACUGAAUUUUGAAAAUACCUUUCUUCGCCUAAAGCUAAAUAACUUGAAUAAGAAGCUUAUAGAAAUAGAAUCACUCAUGAACAAUAACUUAAUAACUGCAAUUGAAAUGAGCAGUCUUUCUGAGUUUCAUCAAAGUUCUUUUUUACUGCCAGCUAGCCAGAAGAAACAGAUGAGUAAACAAUGCAAGUUGAUGCGCCUUCCCUUUGCAAGGGUCCCACUAACUUCAGAUGAUGAUAAUGAUGACGAUGACAUUGAUAAUGGUAAAGAGAAAACGCAGCAUGACAAUAUUGUACCAAAAACAUCACCCAAUAUUUCAUCUUCACUAUCAACAAGACAAUCAAUAUCAACUCAUUGUAAUUUGGAGAUGUUAUUUCUUAAAGAAGAUAAUCAGAACAUGUAUAAUUUAGGUGAUUCAGAACACAUUUCUUCCACUGACAGUGCACUUCCAAUAGAAAGUCAUUACCACUCAGACCAAACUUCUAAGAAUUCCUUAGUGAAUGAGAUAAGAAGUGACUCAUCUAUCAGCCACAGAAGGGAGAAUCCAUCUCUUAACAAUGUGACUGAAAGGAAGAAGCAUCAGUCUUCUUGGGAGUCAAAAGAUCCUAUUAUAGACAUCUCCAGUGCUACAGAAUUAGAUCACCAGCAGAUUUCAAAUUCAGGAGCAAACUGGAAUAAUGAGAUAGAUGACUGUACUAAUGAAAAAAAUAUUAAAAUGCAAAGAAAUAUGUUAUCUUCUGAGUCUGCCAGUGAAUCUAACGUAAAGGACAUGAAUCAAGUUCAGAGUAAUGAUGACUUUCAUUUGAAAAAAACAGUGCAUGAAAAUGCUGACAUAGAUUUACCAGCUAGUGAAGUAAGCAAAAUUGUAGUUUCAAGAGGCAGUAAAAAUAAAAGAAUUAAAAAAACAAGUUGUAGAGUGGAAACUUUCAGGAAAGUAAGAAUCCCAAGCUCUGAAGAAAAGAGAGAAAGAUCAAAGAAAAAAUGUAAAAGCAGUUCAGAUGUGGAUAUUGAAGAAAAGAUUGAAAAUAGACCAGAAGGACAAUCUAUUCCGAAUGGCAAAAACGAUGCAGAAGAUCCAAAUCUUGUUUUUGACACUGAAAAGCCAAUUGAGGUAAACAUACUAAAGAAAAUAACUCUACGGAAUGAUUUUGAUCAAGGUGACAGACAAAAUACACACUAUAACACAAUGAAGAAAAGAAUUCAUGAAACAGAUGAACAAGAGGAAGCAUAUUCUUUCUCCCAGAGUUUAGACAUAGUCCUGCAAGAGAAUAAAUUUGAUAUGGGUCAGAACUCCAUAACUUAUGAUGAAAGUAAAGCUUCUAGACAGACAUUUGUGAUUCAGAGGUUGGAAAAAGAUAACUUAGACACCACUCUUCAAAACCCAGAUGGUGCAAGUGAAUUUCAAAUGGCUCAUCUUUCCUUCAAAGAUUAUGGAACAGUAUAUGACUAUGAAACUCAGAAUACUCUUGGUUUCAAAAAGUAUGUCACUGAUACACAGCCUGCUAAGCAAAAUGAGUCAGAAGUAAAUACACUCAGGCAGAAAGUAAAUCGGAGUACAGAAAUAAUCUCUGAAGUGAGCCAAGUAUCUGACGAAGACAAAAGCAACAAUUUUCCCCAAACCCAAGUGAAUAAAGAGACUAUAUCUCAAAGCCCAAAAAAUUCAAAACAGUUUCAAAUACCUACUCUUUUCACAAGAGAUAAUGGGAAUUUACAUAGCGAUGAGAUACAGAAUGUGUUUGGUUUGCAAAAGCAGAUCACUGAUGUGUACCCUAUUCCACAAAACAAAUCAAAAGUUAAGCAGCUUAGACAGAAAGUAAAUCGGAAGACAAAAAUAAUUUCUGAAAUGAAUUAUUUUGAUAGUGAAAAAAGUCUAUCUUGCUCAGAAAAGGAUAAUUCUCUCUUUAUACAAAAGGAUAACGAAAUCAUUCUUGGAAACCUAAAAGACUCUAGGGAGUUUCAAACUCCUGGUCUUUGUACCAGUGAUUAUGACACUCAAAGUAUUUUGGAAAUGAAAACACAUGUUUAUGAUAAACAACCUGCUUAUCAAAAUGAUUCAAAAAUAGAUAAGAAGUUUAGACAAAAGGCAUAUCGAAAGACAGAAGUAAUUUCUGAAGUCAAACAGACAUAUGAGCCUGAUAACAAAGGUGGACAUGACCUAGAAAAAGAUCACAUAGUUUCUUUAACCCAGAAAGAUACAGAUACUAUUUCAGAAAAUCUAGAAAUUGCAAAUGAAUUUCAAAUAGUUGACCUUCCCACUCAAGAGAGUAGAAAUUUUUGUGAUCAUGAGACACAGAGUAUAUUGGAUUUGGAAAAACAUGUUACUAAUAAACAAGUUGCUCAGCAAGAUGAAUUAAAAGUAAAUAAGAAAGUUAGACUGAAAGUAAAUCGGAGAACAAAAAUAAUUUCUAGAAUGGACCAAAUAUCUGAAGACAUGGAUGUUCAUAACCAAAAAACUGAUAUUAAUGAUUAUCUUAAAAACCAAUCUAAGCAAAACCGAGAAUGCCAAGACAUUACUAAUGAAUCCUAUAUGAAAGUCAAUAGUAAUGAGAAGGAAAGUUGUGAUCAAAUUCCAAAUCCUUACCAGGUACUUAAAAAACAUGGAAAAAAGUCAUCAGCCAAGGCAAAGAACAGUUUGGCAAGAGAAAAGAGCAAAUCUAUUUUGCUGUUAACAGAUUCUUCACAGGCACCUGUGUCCUUAGAAUCUGAUUUAAAACAUAUCACUAAGGAAGCAGAUUCUGAGCCUGGAAACCAGAUUGAACUACUUAAGAAUCAAAAGCAAAGCACUGUAACUCAGAAUACAGAAAGAGAUAUUCCAUUCAUGGGAGUGGAGGAAGCAAAGUACUCAGUCAAUAAAGUAAACAAAAGGACAUCCAAAUCAAAGAAAAGGAAGACUUUCCUAAAACCUCCAGAUAGUCAGGAAGUGAUGAAGAUAAUUCCUGACACUGACCACAGACAGCCAGUUCACUCUGCUCAGGCCAAUAAGGAAAAUUAUUUGGAGAAUGAGAAAAUUGUCCAAAUGAAGUCAGACUUUUGCACAAAGGAGUUAAAACCAUCUUUAUCUGAGAAAUACUCAUCUUAUAUACAGAAUUCUUCCUUUAACAGUGCUCAAGAUUGUUCAAUACCCUUGAGUAUUUCUUCUACAAAUUUAAUACAAGAAAACUGUGUUUUGGAGAGCUUACCCAUCUUUCCAGUAGGUGAUAUGCAUGAGAAGAUAAAAGCAGUGAAAUUUAAAGUUAACCAGAGAACAAAACAUUCAGAAAUAGGUAAAAAUAAAUUGCAGGACUUGACAAAUACCUGUUUUAUUUCAAAUAACACUGCACAAUUGGAAAAUGAGUUUAAAGAUCUAUCUUCAGACUUGCCAAACAGAAAAAGAAGGUGUAUAUCUCUCAAUUUAAAAGAGCCAGACCUCAGAAGGAAGAUAAGAAGAUGAGGAAAACCUAUGGAUUCUAGUUUUUCUGAGUUCUCAGAAGCAUAGUGAAAUCAGAACAGAAAUACAGCUAGGAUCAAGAUCGACAGACACUUGAGAAAAAAUGUGUUUCAUUCUUUUUUGGCAUUUCAUGUAUGUUUGUUUAUCCUAUAUUAUCCCUAUAUUUACAUAUAUGUACAUAACUACUUUUGUAGUAUUUGAAAUAAUUUUGGUCACUACGUAAUAUUUUCUUCUUCGUUUAAGUUUAUACAUAACAUUCUUGAACCAAA